AAAAUCACGGAAAAAAUGUUUCGAUGACAUCUCCAUGUAUCUGAGGCCACGCCUUCUUGUCUUCUAAAGCCUUAAUGAUUCAAGUCAGUACAAUAAACCUCAGGUCAUUAAGGACUGACCUGAGGAACACACGCGCAUGCGCACACACACACACACACACACACACACACACACACACACACACACACACACACACACACACAUACGUACAAACGAACUCACAACGCCGGGGUAUUUAUGGGCGUCAAACCAACGAGCACUUCACAGCUUUUCAAGGAGGUCUCGGGUCAAGAGGUCUCCUGUUCUUGUUUCUCGCAAACAUGAGGAUCCCUGUACACACCUGUAUCAAAUGUUCAUGGUGUAAUAAUUACUUCCCGUUGUCCGCACUCACAGCUCAUAGGGCGGCCUGCCUUCCAGAGGGCCUUGGGACUGGAUCGAAAGAUAUAUCUACUAGAAACAAUGAAGAGACACCGUCGACUAGCUUUGUUCGAUCAGAUGUCGGUUUCUCUCAACCAGGCCCCAGCGAUAUUGGAAGUUGUUCUCCACGGACGGGUCUCAGCUACGAAGCCAGUCAAAACCAAAGGGCUAUCUCUGAAGAAGGCGGGUCUGGUAGGCUCAGCCAUUGCCCCUCCUCUUCAGCGAUCGGUAGUGGACGAAAACGAAAACAAGCGAAUACAGGAACAAACGACACCUGCAGGAAAAAGCAUGCCCGUCGUGAGGGAUUCUCCCAUCCAAACAGUUCUCCACAGCCAGGGCCCAGCGGUUAUAACCCGGGACGGCCGGCAACAACACCCUCACCAACACCCGGUGAAAUAAGUCAAUAUUUCAACGGGGCCUUAACAACGAUCGACGUGCCCGUCCCACAAACAGACAACGGCGACAUUGCAUCGUAUUUCAACAACAACACUGACCGUCUUCGCGAGGCAGUAGAGUCUGUAUUCCAAGGCUGCCAGCAGGUUAGACCUCCUUCUUUUAAAGUGUACGUUGACAUGCAUCUGCGUUUAGUCAGAGAAGACCCCGACGACGGAGUUCAAUAUAGAGAUAUGUAUAUGAGAAGUCAUAUGCAGCUGCACAAUAGUAUUGGAGAGUAUGUGCCUUAUCCUAAGGGUGUUCCUGGGAAAACACAAGUUCUCAACCCUUCGGGACCCACGGACUGUGUUUUCCAAGUUCUAACAGCUUAUCGCUAUCUAAAGUCAAGAAAUGUAGUUCCAUCGGGCAGACAAUAGGAGAGUGCUUGCUUGGCCUCUAUUAAUACGGGUAACAUUCCAACCCCGGUAUCCUGGGAAGACCUCGGUCGGCUUGAAAGAUUAAACAACAUAAGUAUUCGCGUUUACUGUCUAGACAACGUUGAAGACAAAAAAGGCGAACUAACUCUUGUCAGAAAGGGGCUCAAAGAUCAAGAAGUUGUUCAUUGUCUGUUGUUGGGGAACAGGCACCUAGCUCUUAUCCAAGACUUUGACGCAUACAUGAACCUGUUUACCUGCCAACGUCGGGAAAAAAAAUGUUUUGCGAUAUCUGCCUGUGCACCUGUGAGAACAAGACAACGCUUGCUGAACAUGUGCUAAUUUGCCCAACGAUGAUCACAAGACUAAGAUUUCCACCCGCGGGCUCUACUGUGAAAUUUAUUAAUCAUGCUAAGGCAUAUGAGCCAUCUUAUUUAGCAUUCUAUGACUUUGAGAGUAUUCUCGUAGAGCCUUCUUCGAAUGUGUCUGGAUGUGUAAAGAGACAUCACUUUGCCAUAGCGUAUGCUUACAUUAUAGAAACGGAGAAACAAUACAAAGCGGAUCCUAUUGUGGAAGUAAUGCUGUAAACCAUUUUAUUCAUACAAUGCAGUGUGCCUGGAAGAAGUUAAAAUUUUCUAAAGGCUACAAUAAAAUCAACAUGACCGAUGAAGAUACGACACGUCACAAUGAGCAAACUCACUGUCUUCUCUGUAAACAGGGUUUUUUAAAAGGUAAAGGAGUAAAACAUCAUGACCAUGAAAAAUCAGGAAACAAUUACAUUGGAGCUUAUUGUAAUAGAUGCAACCUCCAAAUGAAAAAUCACAAAUUGCAGCUCACUCUCAUUGCACAUAAUGUUAAUUACGACAUGUCGUUAAUCCUGCGUGAAUUAACGAUACGUGACUUGAAAAUCAAACUAAGACCAAAACGUUCAGUUCACAAAUACCAUGAAGUCAUCAUAAAUGACUUGAGAUUUAUUGACUCGUAUGCCUUUAUGUCUGGUUCACUCGCGGCUUUAGCGAACCAAUUCAUCAGUAAUGGGAACGAACCCAUAUGCACACAACAGAUGUUGAAAGAUGUGCCAACACCUGCGUUGCCAUUAUUGAUCAAGGGAAAGCAGGUGUUUUGUUAUGACUAUAUGGAUUUGAUGGAAUGACUUUCUGAGACACGUCUUCCAUCCCGCGAAGAUUUUUUUCAAUUCGCUUCAAGAAGCAGAACUUUCCGAAAGUGAUUAUGAACAUGCUCGGAAUGUUUGGAAAGUAGCUGGGUGUCAGAGCCUGAAGGACUAUUUGUUGCUUUAUGUAAAAGUGGAUGUUGGCCUACUAUGUGAUGUCUUCCUAGAGUGGCGAGGUAUUUUGAAAACCCAAUGGAGGUUGGAUAUUGUAAUAAUGUUAGCCUGCCAGGAUUUGCCUAUGACUCCUUUCUGCUGAAAACACAGCAGGAAUUAGAGGUGCUUAGUAGCCCAAACAUAUAUCAUUGCAUUCAAACAAAUGUGCGUGGGGGCUACACAAGUGUUGUGCGUCGUUUUGUACGCGCCAAUAACAUAUACACGAACCCUCAGUUUAAUCCAAAACAUGAUAGAAGCACUUUCCUAUCAUAUCUUGACUUCAACAGUCUUUAUCCCACUGUAAUGCAAGAGAAGUUGCCAUGUGGGGAUAUGAGAAAACUAGAUGAGACAGAAAUGCAGUCGUUUUUGAGCGGGGGCUUGGUCAAUCAAGCAACCGAUGGCGAUUUUGGAUAUCUCAUUCUGUGCGAUACUGAGGCUGUCUCACGUGAAGUCGUUGAGAAAACGAAUGACCUCCCACUGAUCAUCAGAAGACACAAUAUGAAUGAGUACAGUAAAAUAUCCCAAGAGAGGGAUAUCUGUAGUUGAGGACAAAAUAUACUACAUUAGCACCUUGGAGUCACGAUCUUACGGUCAUCCCGAUAAUUCUAUAGGGAUAGAGGAGGAAGAGAAGGAGGAGGAGGUAGCCCAGAUCGUGACACUGUCAAACGAAGAAAAUUUGGAGGAAGGCGAUGAAAGAGGCAUAACAGAAGCGAGACUAGUCGAGGUAAUGGGUGGGCAAGAGAUCGGUGAAAUGGGAGAACUAGAAGAAACCUAUGAAUUGUUGGGAGAACGGGAUGUGCUGGCCGAGCAAUAUUUUCCCUUGAUAAAACGGGUAGAGACGGAUGAUGACAUGUUAAUGCUAGCCGCGGAACAGGAAGAAAUAAAUCAAAAUGCUCUCAUCAUCCCCCCUUGAAUAUAUGCUAGAAGAUACAGACUUUUCAGAAUAAAUUGUAGUUGUUUAUAAGAUAAGGACUAGUGUGAAUGUUGUAUAUACUGUUUAUAGUGUAAGAAUUUGCCUGCUAUUUUUAUGUUAAAUAUAAAAUAUAUGUAAAUAUAUUCUGUAUAUAGGACUAAUGUUGGAGUCUAUGAUAUUAUAAAAUUGCA